GGCACUCAUCCUUUCAUCUGCUUCUUUCCGCAUUUUCUCACAACCGUCUCUGUUGAAACGGCAAGUCUGUAUGAGCGCGUACGUGCCAUGGCCAAGGAGCGUCCUAAGCACACAAUAUGAUUAUCGGGUUCUUCCCUUCUCUGCCUGCACUGUUUUCUGUGGAGACGGAGAGCCGCUAGCCCGCUUGGUACGAAUAUAUCGGUGACAAGGGUGCUGUAAGCAAAUCAAGCUCAGCCUGCCUGACUCGGUGUAUUUGUAAGCGCAGAACGGGAGAGAGCGACAACAUCUCCACGUCUGAGUGAAUCGAUCAAAUCUUUUCUUUUCCCGUUUUACCAGUCCCUUAAGCAAGGAAAAUCUGUUUUGAGUUUUCCGUCAUAUCCAGGUCUAUUCGCUCACUGUUGGACUACUGCAUCGCGCUACCGAGCAGUUACAUGUGUUGUGGUGCUUAAUUAAUCUGUGUUGCUAUUCCGUGUGCUGUUUUAUUUCCUGGAUUAUAUCAGCUUUGGCUGGGCAUUGUUGCUGCUAUUCAUCGCUGUGGACACGAGCUCCCCAUUUUUGUUGAUCGUUGUGGAUCAGUGCGUACAGCGUGUGCAUGGCCGUCAAUCAUACGGGCGGCAUGGAGAACGGAACGGAUGCUCGUAAAUCAUCUUCGAAAUGGAUCCGUUUAAAUGUCGGUGGGACGCACUUCUGCACGACCAAAGUCACGCUUGCCCGCGAUCCCCACAGCUUCCUCUACAGACUGUGCCAUGGCGAUCCGGAUCUCAGCUCGGAUCAGGACGAAACGGGAGCCUAUCUGAUUGAUCGUGAUGCAACAUACUUUGGACCUGUUCUCAAUUUCCUUCGACAUGGGAAGUUGGUCCUCGAUAAGAAUCUCGCGGAAGAAGGUCUCCUUGAAGAAGCCGAAUUUUACAACAUAAAAGACCUUAUUUACCUGGUGAAAGACCGGAUUGUGGAGCGGGACCGUGAAAGGGACAAGGCAUCGAUGAAACGCGUAUACCGGGUCCUGCAGUGCCAUGAGGACGAGCUGACGCAGAUGGUUAGUACCUUGUCGGAUGGAUGGAAAUUUGAGCAGCUGAUCAACGUCGGCUCCUCGUACACGUACGGGAAUGAGGAUCAUGCUGAGUUCCUCUGUGUGGUAUCGCGCAGCACUCCGACCCGCGUGGAGACCAACGAAAAGCAGGCCGAACCCACGGAUCGGGGCAAGUACCUUCAGCAGAAAGGAUCCAGGAUGUAAAUAAUCAUAACUGAAGGCACGGGUGCGGGAAUAUUUUGUUGGCUUUUAUCUGCUCUUCUUUUGCGACCGGGCGGCAUUUACCUAACGCCACGGAAGAGAAGGGAAAUCGUUUUGAUCUGCCAGUUUGUGUGUCUCUCUCUCUCUUUCGCACCGACUGCACACUAUCGCCCCCACAUCAACAAUACCGCGGACCAUGGACCUUUCAGAAACUGUCGUGAACUCACUAUUGCUGAUGGGAAAUGCAAAGCGCAACGGAGUGUUGAUUGAUGUUUUGUUUUACCGUUUUUUGUGUAAUUGUACGAAAUGACGUCGUGGUGGUUUUAAUUGUUGUAUCGUUUUUUGUUUGACAGCCGACGGGUACACGGUACCGAUGGCGUGGUUAUUUUGUACAGAUUGUGGCAGCUGUUGUAAUGUUCCUUGCACUAAUUAAUCCUAAUUUUCAGACUGGUCUCUCCGAGAAUUGUCCGACACACUCUGGAUCUGGUUUUCGCGCAUGUCAGACUAGUGUACCUGACUCACUUUCGAAAUGACUGCAUAACAAAAUUUUGGCACACGG